CCCACGAGUAAGAAACAGAAUUUUCUUCUUCUUCUUCUUGUCCUGUUGCGAGUUUCAAAAACAAGGUGGUGGAUUGUCCUCUUGACGGUGGUCAUGCUGGCGUAUCGUCGCCACUGUAGAAUACAGCCAGGCGUUCGACACUCGGAUGUUCACCCCCUGGCCAAAUCAGAGGGGAUGGAAGCGUUGGAGUUGGCGGGUAACAGGGGGUGGUUUCCCUCCAGGCGCCUGCGUCGAGUCCUCGAUGACGACUCGACGAGGUAGGUGCUCGACCCGGACGCAGUACGGAAGAAACGUCGAGCACGCAGAGUGCCGUCCUCGUGACACAUCUCACCCUUUCUUUUUCUUUUGAUCCAUGGCAACAAGGAAACGUGGCGUAGCUCGUCCGGUGCAAUCAGCCAGUGCAACACAUCGAUCACAGUGAUUUCACAGUUCGACCAGAUCAUCCAGUCGCAUCUUGAACUGUACUGUCGUUGAGUGGUGGCUCUUCGUAAACGAAGACAGGAGACGUUGAUCGGGUCCGGGGCAAGGGUUAUCAAUGACUCGAUACCGCGGUCAGAUAAGAGAUACCUGCGAUUUCUGAAUGGUUCUGAACGACUCGAGUGACAGCUCGUACGUGGCGUACUCGGCGGAACGAUUCUUGUCAACGUUUUGCAACACAUUUGCAAGCGAUCGUACGGUCAAUAUGUCGCGGUGAGGCAGCAGUUUCAAGAUGAACCUAGCUCUUGUCCGCGGUGUGUCCUGUGUAAACUUGAAUACACCGUAUACGGUUGACUCCCGUCUUGCUCUUGGUUCUGUUCCCACUAACUGCUUGGGAACAACAGGUUGAAAGUGGAGUUUUGUGAUAUAAUUCGACGGGCUCGCCGGAGAAACCAACGAACGCCGAGAUUUGAUCGUUGCCUCUGGGCCACGUCAUCCGACAGAUUCGAAGAUCUGGCAAACUGGACGAUGCGUUUCCGGCGGAUCAAAGGUUAAUCGCCCGAAGAGCAUCCCGAGCGAUGUUCUCACCACCGUCGAGGAAGGCUUAGUCGUAUUUAAUCGUCGCUUGCAUGUGGGUCACAAGUUGCAUUCGCCAAAGCUAACGGGAUAGAGGGUUUACCGAGUAGAGAGGAAGAAAAUGUGGAGCUCGGUUACUGCGGCUGGCACUGAAAAUGGGCCCGCACCACCUUCCAGAAGCAAGCACAGCGCUACUUUGCUUGCCGGGCACGUAUAUCUCCUUGGCGGACGAAAUGGCAAUCUUCCUCUCAAAGAUCUCUGGCGAUACAGCCUCGCCGACAGUAAAUGGGAGGAAUUGCAUCCUGAGGGAGAGAGACCACCGGCACUUCAGGAACACAGCGCGGUAGCUUACAAGGAUUGCCUUUACAUUUUCGGGGGAGAGCUUGGCUUUUCCGCGGGCACGGAAACGCCACUCUGGGUUUACAAUGUCAAGACCAACAUGUGGAGGAAAGUAAGAGCACAACGAGGUUGUGCCGUUCCCAGAGGUCGAAGAGGUCAUACUGCUUUAGUUCAUCGUGGUCAGAUGCUCAUUUACGGUGGUUAUCAAGAUCUACGUGGAAGCUCACCAGAAUUGUGGGCAUUUCAUUUCGAAACGGAAUCGUGGCAUCUUCUUUCCUCCAGCGAAAGCGGACCAGCAGCGAGACACAAACACUCGGCUGUUUUGCACGGUGAUGCCAUGUACAUUUACGGGGGUAUGACCGACCUGCAAGAAAGAAGCGAUUGCUGGCGAUGGGACGUGAACACCGCCUCUUGGUGUUUGUUGAAGAACAAGCCAGGACCAGGACCUCUCCACGGGCACGCAGCCUGCAGGCUUCCUAGCUGUAUGCUAAUUUUCGGCGGGGAAAGCGGCGGUUCAGCUACGAACGAACUCUGGAGGUUUCAUUUCGGUACGGAAACGUGGGAGAAAUUAUCAGUGCCAGGUCCUAAACCUCAGCCAAGAGCGGAAAGCGUUGCCCUAGCGGUUUCCGAACUGUUAAUUCGAGGGACCAAUAUCGAUAAUUCGAAGCCAAAGCCAAGAAACCAGAGGACGAGGCUAUGUAACAAUAGGAUAUCACCGAAUGAAGCACCAACUAGACCGAGCUUUCUUAAGGAAAUUUCCAAGCUGUCCCAAAUUAAUCUAUCACGGCUGAGUCAUCCGACAAAGUGCAGCUAUUCUGUUUUGAGCGGUCAGGAUGAUAACGAAGAAAGUCCGCAAGAGCAAGUGGAUUCGGAAGUUGUCGAACCAUCGACCGGCAUGGUGAAAUCUCGGAGCGCAAACACGCUAGCCCGCAGAAGGCAGAAACCGCCGGAAACCACAUAUAAAAACGUGGACGUGAACAAUUGCAACAACGCAACCGGUGGUUCCGGCAUGACGAGAGAUCCUAUCUCGGUACCGAAUUUCCGCGCCCUGACCUUACCCACCCCAGUCCUGACACCUGUAGAAGUAGCUAGGCUCGUUUUCGUCGAUCCGGACGAAAAUAGCGACAACGAGGAACGAAAGGAGCCUCCUACCUCUAGACUGAUAGAAGUUCAAGAGGAAAGGCGAGACUUCGCAGCCGUGCACCAAGCCUGCCAACCAACACGGGGCGAGAGUUACAGCUCGCAUCUGUACGAAGCUGCGCUACAAACGCCGAAGACGCCGACCACGUCAAAGAUCCCUACGUCCGCGUCCGUUCGAUUUGCCGAUUUAGAAGAAGGCGAGGAGUCGACGUCGGACUACGCGAGCAUAGAGGCCAGAAGUCCCGGUGAUCCUCUCGCCGACGACGACUGGCCAUCAGGACGAAAGAGCAAACAAUAUCGCCCGAUAAUUACACCGUCGACGAUACGCGAGGGCCAAUUUGGCUUCUGUAAUCCGAAUUACCUCGGGCUGGAUGAAACCAAGGUCCAUCACCAGCAACAGCAACCACCUCAGGACGGGAAGUACGCGAAAUUAUUGAACAGUCCACCGGACAGUGUUUUGGAGGACGAGCCAGGGAGAUCAGCCUCGCAAACGUUCGCGGAACUAUUAGAGCUUCAAGAAAUCAAAAGGGUGCCAAGAGCACCGCCCAAAAGCCUACCAUUAGGUUCCCCGUCUAGAAGAGCUGUCAGUGCGUCAAGGGCUGAGAGGCAACGAGCUAAAGUUGCUGCAGCUGACAUCAACGAAACUGAGACACCAUCCUAUGGACCAGCGCCAUUGUACGUUUUCCUAGUCGGAGGGAAAGAGAAGGGUCAAGUGACGGUGUUCGCGAGACCGGUUUCUUUGUGGAAGUUGCAAUUAGCGCCACACAUCUUUUAAAGACGAUAAGUACGUUCGUAUUGGUUUCAUUUACUUCAGUGGAAAUAGUUCCAAAGGACUGGGUGAUCGAUCUUCUUCGAGAAAUUUGCUUGUCGCUGUUUUAAAGAGCGAACAGUCGAUGAAUGCGAGUUUCUUAAUGCCAAAUGAGAACAACAGGGGAAGAAUACGAUAAGUCAAAUUUCCUAUUUUUUUAUAGGGGAACAGUUUUGGUGUAUGA